CCACUCCCUAGGAGUGAAAUCUGAUUGGUCCGACUUGAGUCAGGCCUCCUCUGGAGCCAAUCAGCUGUGGGUGGAGGUGGGCUCCUCACUCAAACAUGGCUGCCAGUGACCUUGGGACCCUUCGAAUGAAGGAUGGGGCAGUUUGUAGAAAAAGGGAACUGCUUGUGAGGCGACUUGGAGCUCCUCUUGGUGCUGACAUGAUGACAGUGUGCAGGCCGGCCAAGGGCAGCCACAGCCAGACUGAAAACCUGAGCUACAAAUUGGCUGACAAGGUCAAGGUGGAAGGUCCAGAGGCUGGGGAAGACCCUCGAAGGCCAUUUAGGUCCCCCAUUCCUUCCCCAGAGACUGAUCAGGAUUCACCCCCCACAAGGAGCUCACUGGAAAGUCUCAAUAACCUGAUGCUAGAGUCAAGAGUGGACUGUUUUCAGCAGAACAUGUUCAGCUCAAAUAUGAUCAUCAGCGACUCAGCUUCAGAUCUCAAUGCUAAAGAAGCCAGCAAGGCAAGAGGCAAGAGGCAGCUCGGCGGUGUCGAGAACCCCUGCCUUUCUGCCCGAGGCGGGGCCCGGCCCAAGCCCCUCAGCAUAAAGGAUAAGAUAUCCGAAUGGGAAGGGAGAAAAGAGCUGCCCGCUCCUGCCCCCGGCAGGAAAGCAGACGGGCAAGAGGAUUACCUGACGUCCUGUGUGAUGGGGAGAAGCAGUGACGGUGUGGGAGCGUGGGGCACGGAGGCUCAGGAUGGAACCAGGCCAGAAGCAGAGAGCAAGGAGGAUGAGAGGAAUAAAGGGCUUGUGAAAGUCAGGGGACAGGAUGCAGAGCCGAGGCAAGACCUCAGCCAGCCCACCGAGCAGCUGGCUCCCAGCUUGGGCAGAGGCCGCGAGCCGCGGCCGGGCAAACAGCGCUUGCCGAAUGACAGCCUCUCCGUGCUGAGGCAGGUGGAGAAACUCGAGCAGGCUCUGAAGGAUGGGUCCGCAGGGUUGGAUCCCCAGUUGCCAGGGACUUGUUAUUCCCCACAUUGCCUGCCGGACAAGGCCGAGGAGGGGCCCGCCCUUCCUGAGAACCGAGGGGGCUGGCGUGGCUCUGAAUUCAGGUCCCACCACUGGGACCUAGAAGCCAGGGAGCUGGCCCCUGAGGCUGCAGAGGAAAGGAAAGGCUCGUGCAGGAGGCCCUGCGACCGGAGCCUGGAGAGUGCGGACAGGGGCUCGGAGGGCCCCCCCGCCAAACCCUUCAUCAACCCCCUGCCCAAACCCCGGAGAACGUUCAAACACGACGGAGAAGGGGACAAGGACGGGAACCCAGGCUUCAGGAAGGACAAGAGGCACCUGCCUCCUCUGCCUUCUCUACCUCCCCCUCCCCUGCCCUCCUCUCCCCCGCCCUCCUCUGUGAACAGAAGACUGUGGACCGGAAGACCGAAACCCAGUGCUGACCACAGAAAGUCCUAUGAGUUUGAAGACUUAUUGCAAUCUUCCUCUGAGAACAGCAGAGUGGACUGGUACGCACAGACUAAGUUGGGGCUCACACGCACUUUAUCAGAGGAGAACGUCUACGAGGACAUUCUAGAUCCACCAAUGAAGGAAAACCCUUAUGAGGACGUGGAGUUGCACGGUCGCUGCCUGGGGAAGAAGUGUGUCUUGAACUUCCCUGGUUCUCCCACUUCUUCCAUUCCUGACACACCCUCCAAGCAGUCAUUGUCCAAACCUGCUUUUUUCCGGCAAAAUUCAGAGAGAAGGAACUUCAAACUGCUGGACACUAGGAAGCUGAGUCGGGAUGGAUAUGGGUCCCCUUCCAAAAUCAGCCCCCCCUCCACCCCCAGCAGCCCUGAUGACACUUUCUUUAACCUUGGAGAUCCGCAGAAUGGCAGGAAGAAGAGAAAGAUACCCAAGUUGGUAUUGCGAAUCAAUGCCAUUUACGAGGCCCGGAGAGGAAAGAAACGUGUGAAGAGGCUGUCCCAGUCAACAGAGAGCAACUCAGGAAAAGUGACAGAUGAGAACAGUGAGUCUGACAGCGACACCGAGGAGAAACUGAAAGCUCACAGUCAGCGCCUGGUCAAUGUGAAGUCACGCCUGAAGCAGGCUCCGAGAUACCCAUCCCUUGACCGGGAGCUCAUGGAGUACCAGCAGAGGCAGCUGUUCGAGUACUUUGUGGUCGUGUCACUGCAUAAGAAGCAGGCCGGGGCUGCGUAUGUGCCAGAACUCACCCAGCAGUUCCCUCUCAAGUUGGAAAGGUCUUUCAAGUUCAUGAGAGAGGCUGAGGACCAGCUGAAGGCCAUCCCCCAAUUCUGUUUCCCUGAUGCCAAGGAUUGGACUCCUGUCCAGCAAUUUACCAGUGAAACCUUCUCAUUUGUCUUAACUGGAGAAGAUGGGAGCAGAAGGUUCGGUUACUGCCGAAGACUGCUGCCUGGUGGCAAAGGGAAGCGUCUCCCUGAAGUUUACUGCAUCGUGAGCCGCCUGGGGUGCUUCAGCCUCUUUUCAAAGAUCUUGGAUGAGGUGGAAAAGCGACGAGGCAUCUCUCCUGCCCUGGUACAGCCCCUCAUGAGGAGUGUCAUGGAGGCCCCUUUCCCAGCACUGGGCAAGACCAUCGUCGUCAAGAACUUCUUGCCAGGAUCAGGAACUGAGGUGAUUGAACUGUGCCGCCCGCUGGACUCCCGGCUCGAACACGUAGACUUUGAGUCUCUCUUCUCCUCUCUCAGCGUCCGCCACCUGCUCUGUGUUUUUGCCUCCCUGCUUCUGGAAAGGAGGGUCAUCUUCAUCGCAGACAAGCUCAGCACGCUGUCCAAGUGCGGCCACGCAAUGGUGGCCGCCAUCUACCCGUUCACCUGGCAGCACACCUACAUCCCCGUGCUGCCCCCCACCAUGAUCGACAUCGUGUGCUCGCCAACCCCCUUCCUCAUCGGGCUGCUCACCAGCUCGCUGCCACUGCUCAGGGAGCUGCCGCUGGAAGAGGUCCUUGUGGUUGACCUGGUCAACAAUCGGUUCCUCAGACAGAUGGAUGACGAGGACUCCAUUCUCCCCAGGAAGCUGCAGGUAGCCCUGGAGCACAUUCUGGAGCAGAGGAAUGACCUGGCUAGUGACCAGGACGAAGGGCCCCCGGACUGCAAGCGUGGCCCGGAGUCCAGCCCCUUGAACGAGGUGGUGUCAGAAGCCUUUGUCCGCUUCUUCGUGGAGAUCGUGGGUCACUACUCCUUGUUCCUGACGGCGGGCGAGCGCGAGGAGAGGACCCUGCAGCGAGAGGCCUUCCGCAAAGCCGUCUCCUCCAAGAGCCUCCGCCGUUUCCUGGAGGUUUUCAUGGAGACCCAGACCUUUCGGGGCUUCAUCCAAGAGCGGGAACUGCGCCGGCAGGAUGCCAGAGGUCUGUUUGAGGUCCGAGCCCAGGAGUACCUGGAAACACUCCCCAGUGGAGAACACAGUGGCGUCAAUAGGUUCCUGAAGGGACUUGGCAAUAAAAUGAAGUUUCUCCACAAGAAAUAACCUUCGGCUCGUCCUCAAGGGGAAACUUCCUCCUAGUGCAAGCACAUUUUUGAAAAAAACAGUCCUAGUGGCCUUUCUGAAAUGCUGGGUCCUGGUUGUCCCACGUGCGGGGUGAAGGCCAGGAUGGUUUCCGGCUGCCGCACAGCCUCCCCAGGACCCAGGGCCCAAGAGCCGUGCAGCAGGUGCUGCUUCUCCAGAACAGCGCUGUGAAGGGGACCUGAGACCAGGCAUGUCACCGACAUUCAGAUGUAUUGUUUGGGUUGUUGGGUUUGGGACUUUUCAUAUUUUUAACCUUAGGUAUUAAAAGAAAGAAAAGUGUUUGGGUUUUCUUUUUAUUAUGCCAGGGCUAGGAAGAGUCUCUUCUGCCCUGUGCCAUCUUGCCCUGGUUCAUCCUGCCUGGCAGCUGGGCUCUGAAGCCAAGAGGAGGGAGGAGGAGGAGGGCAGGAGCAGUGACCAGGGACUUAGAAACAAGGUGCUCCUCUGGCAGAGGCGGGGACAGAUGCACGUGUCAGGGGAGGAGGGCUGUGAUGAUGCCUACCACGCUCCUGCUCACAAGUAGGGGGGUGGGGGUGGGGGACACCUUUCCUCUCCCCGAAAGGAUUGGCCUGUGUGUGUGGAAUGAGGUCAUAUCGGGGCUGUAGGAACAGUUGCCUCCUGGGAUGAGCUGCACUUGAGGCCAGCCAGUGAUGCCACCUGGUGGCCAAGGUCAUUUGUUGUACAACCCAGUCGUCUCGUCCCAAAAGGACCUGACUCCUCUGGAUGGCCUUCUUCUCUCUUCAAAGCCGUAGCAUCACUCACUGCCCAAGCAGUCCAUGACUUUUAGAGGCACACACAGGAAGGAAAUCUCCUGCUAAGGUCUGUUAAGGAAACGUUCUUGGGGUCCUUAAAACACGGAAGCCACAGCUUUGACCCUAUUCCCAUUUAUAUCGUAGGAAACGUUCCCAUCUCGUUGUAGGGACCCAAAUCGGCAUAAGUGAAAUAGUACAUGUGAAGGAAAAGUGGAGGGGCUUGUGGUGUUGAUGUUAACAAGAGGGGCAUCCAGACUUUGGGGUUAGCUUCCUCAGACCUGUGCUCCAGCGAGGAGGCUUACUCCUCUGGACCAGAAGCAGGGAGGUGUGGAAGAGGCUGCACCCCAAGUGCCAUCCUGCAAGGGCUGCAGGGGGGACACAGGAAAAGAAUGGUGGGCAGCACAGGCAAGUUCUCAAGCAGGCCUCAGGCCCGCCACCACAGCAUAUCCCGCUGGUGGAUCCCCUCCGGACGGCACCAGCAGUCUGAACUCUGUAAUGGCCCAAGGACCUGUGCCACUUGGCAGAGGUUCUCACCUUUAGGGAGUUGGGAGCAGGAGUCUUCUAAGGGAAAAAAAAAAAGAACAAGAAGGAAAAUGAAGAAGAGGUUGACCUGUCAUUCUCCAUUAAAGGUUCUUAACUGGAGUCAUGAAUGACCCCCUCCCACCUGCAGGUUGUAUCCAAGCUUUGGUAUGUCCAUUUGUUUUUUAGGAGAGAGGAUCCAUGGUUUAUAUCAGAUUCUCAAAGGGGUCCAAGACCCCCCAAAAUGGUAGGAACCAGUCUAUACAUCACAGUUAACCUGGGUAGGUAUGUGUGUUGGGGUUGGGGGGCGGGGGAGACUGAAUAGGCGUCUCUUGAGUCUUGGGGGCUCAGGAAUUUGUACCUAACAAGCUCCUCAGAUUAGUUUAUUUUAUUAAUACCAAUAUUCUACCCAGAGAUGAUCUCUUUUAAUAUUUUGGAAUAUACCUUCUUUUCUAACUUAUUUCAUAUUAUAUUGUUUACUUAACACCUCCAGGUGAAUAAAUACACAUCUUUGUCAACAUUUCUUAUGAUUGUGUAACACUCUAUUUUAUAGAUGUACUAAAAGUUAUUUUACCAAUCCUCUACCUUUCUGCAUGCAGGAUAUUUCCAGUUUUUAAUAUCCUAAAGAGCAUUGAGAAAAGCAUCAUUGUAUAAAUAUCUCAGUACUUUGCCUUAUUUUCAUUUUCAUUUUUGCUUGAAGUAAAAUAUACAUAACAGAAAAGUUCUCCGAUCGUGAGUAUACGGCAUAACAAACCUUUGCAAAUGACCACGUCCGUGUAACCAUCACUCAGGUCAAGAAGAGAACAUCAUCAGACCCUGGAGAACCCUCCUACCCGCCUUCCCAGCGUUCCUCCGGUCCAACUCUGCUUAUGUUCAAACUAAAUCAACUGAAAAGUUGUCUACAAUUUGCAAAGUGGGAAAUUAGGCUGGGGAGGGUCAGAGGCAAGAUAAACAAAGCAGAAUUGUAAUCCCAGCUCACAGUUUAGGGCAGACUGUGGAUGGACAACACUGUUCGGGUUCAGAAACCAAGUGUGGCUGGAAGACCUGGGUGGGCUAGACCAGAUGACCGCCACUCAGCCUAUGUGUCGUGCCUCACACGGAGCAUCUGUCCAAGAACCAAGUCCUCUAAUGCCAAGAAAAAGCAUACAUUUUAACGAAGAAUGUGUGUGUGUUUACAAGCACUCCGUUAUUGCAUUUCAGUUCACAUGGUCCAUUUCCCCCAGGCAGUGGGGAUAAUCCUUCUGCCUCCUUGAUCCUUGACAGCCUCCUUCAUACCCGCCCCAUUUCUCCCCCCACCCCACUUUUUAUUAUAUUGGGAUGAAAUUCACAGAACAUAAAAUUAAUCAUUUUUUUCUUUUUUCAAGUUUAUUUAUUUUGAGAGAGAGAAUGAACAAGGAGGGGCAGACAGAAAGGGGGACAGAGGAUCUGAAGUAGGCUCUGUGCUGAGAGCAGAGAGCCUGAUGUGGGGCUCUCACUCAGGAACCAUGAGAUCAUGACCUGAGCCAAAGUCAGUUGUUUAACCCACUGAGCCACCCAGAUGCCCCUAAAAUUAAUCAUUUUGAAGUGAAAAAUUCACUGCCAUUUGGCACACUCAUAACAUUAGCAACAACCAAAACCAUUUUCAUCAUCAAAAAAUUAAACAUUUAAACACUAAACAGUUACUCCCAUUCCCUCCUCCCCCCUGCCCCUGGCAACCAUGAAUCUUCUUGCUUUGUCUAUGGAUUUAUCUAUUCUGGAUAUUCUGGAUAUU